AUGUCAUCCGCCGGAGAUCGGAAAGCAGAUCGAGCGGAUCGCGCAGCAGAUCAAGCAGCCAGCGAGGAGAAGCCCAGAGAAGAGCGCAAAGUAUCGAGAGGGCGCUCGCCGCGGAAGCCGAGCAGCAGUACAAGGACACCGCGCUCGAAAUCAGCUGUAUCAACCAAGUCGACGCCAACAACCCCCAAGUCGGCCCCAGCCAAAGCCAAGUCGGCCCGAGGAACGACACCCCCUCUGCCCGUUCCCCCGGUGGGACUGGGCGUGGGCGUAAACGUCGGCGCGGCGGAUGAAAACAAAGAGAAAUUCCCGAUGGGUCUGGACGGGGCACCCGAUAUGGCUCGAGUCAUCUUACCGUGGGAAAUGACCACUGAGAAAGCCACCGAAACAAGCAUCGCCGAACCAAUGUACUCGGCCUCCAAGCCCGCGGAAACAAUGACCCCAUCUCUCCCCACAACGCGCCCGGUGGAAUCAAAUUACGUCUCUACGGGGAUUUCACAACCCCAUACGCCUGAAAUGGCCACUAUGCCCGAUGCAUCGACCCUGAGUUACCCAAAUACAUUCUCGCCGGCCACGACAGCCGCCUACACCAAACAGGGCUUGCCAGUCUUUACGUCCAGCAGUCCAAUCCCCUUUGCACCGACCGAUCAGCAGCCAAGGACUCAGCCGCUGCCUCAACUUCCGCUCCAGGAGUCCGCGCAUCAACCCCGGCAUGUCCCCAAUGACGAGGAUAGUCCUCUUCAGGCGCCGCCGCCGCCGCCGAUUGUGAAUAAUUUUUCGCAGAAUCCGCGAUUUUAUUCUCAGUGA